AUGCACCAGUACUUCGACGGCCAGGGCGGCCAGACCGUCUGCCAGCCCAAUUGGUUCCCCUUCCCACCAAAGUGGAAUGUCGACUAUUACUUCGGCCUGGUCACCACCUGGGCUCGCAACAACGGCGUUAAGAUAUUCCUGGGCGAGUUCGGCAUCAACGACUCAGACCCCUGCCUGGCGCUGCUCAACAGGCUCAUGACCUUCCUCACGGCCAACGCGGACGUGUGGUACGGUUGGACGUGGUGGGCCGCCGGUCCCUGGUGGGCGCAGGACUAUGUCUACCUGCUUGAGCCCAAGGCCAACAGCUCCGACCGCAACCGCCUCAUGGCCACCCUUCGUAACUACUUCCCCAAGGCCUCCGCUACCCCGAGCCCCUCGACCAGCCGCUUGCCGCCCAGCCCGAGCGCGUCGACCAGCCGUGUGCCGCCCAGCCCCAGCGCGACGACCAGCCGCGUGCCGCCCAGCCCAUCGAGCACUCCCGCGGCUUCUGGCAGUGGACCGAAGUACUACGGCGUGAACCAGGCGGCGCUUGGCUGGGGCUCCAGCGCGCUACCGGGCACGGCGGGCACCAACUUCCCGCUCAUCAGCAACGCAUCGCUGGAUUACUUCGCGGCCAAGGGCAUGAACACCAUCCGCGUGUCCAUCAUUUGGGAGCGCCUCCAGCCCACCCUCUACGGCGACUUUGACUGGACCUACGCCAACUACCUCAUCAACAGCGUGAACUACAUCACCAAUGUCAGGGGCAUGUACUGCGUGAUCGACCACCGCUACCGCGGCCAGCUGCUCGGCACCUCGGCCGUGCCGAUCUACACCAUCACCAACGUGUGGUACCGCCUGGCGGGCGUGUUCAAGAACAAUCAGCGUGUCAUCUUCGGCACCAUGAACGAGCCCUACGGCGUGUCGUACGAGGAGGCCCUGCGCGGCGCCAACGCCGCCAUCUCCGGCAUACGUGGUGUCGGGGCAACUCAACCGAUCACGAUCAGCGGCAGCGACUUCUCCGCAGUCAACUCGUGGGUGGGCACCAACAGCCAGUGGAUGGGUCCGGCCAACAUCACCGACCCGCUCAACAACUACAUGUACGAGGGCAGAGCAAAGAGGGACAUGACGAGGGACAUGACGGGUUGGGACAUACGCGCCGAGGGAGCGAGCCCACUGGGUCACGCCACCGAACACAGCCGCCACGUCGAGAUUGGGUUUGCAGACCGUCUGGCCGCCCUGGCCGUCGAAGAACUGUUAGCGUUGCAUUGGAUGCAGGAGAAGCUGUCACGCACGUUGGUCGAGAAGUUUAGUCCACUGCUGGCACUCGACGAACCCAUGCCUACGCAACUCGACCGCGCUAAAGUUGAAGGAGAAGAAAACGAGGAGGAGGAGCAAGACCGUCUACUAGCUGUAGGCGAGUUGUUGGGACGUUUCGUCGCGUUCUGCGCCGAAGGUGGAGUGGACGGCAUGGCCACGAUUCUCCGGGCUCACGUUGACGCUCUUCUCCCGCUGCCGGUCGGGUCCACGGGGGUCCACGCGAGAGCGCGCAACCAGACGCUGGUGGCCGGCACGAUCUGCUUCCUGCUUCACCACCGCACUUCUUCCUGCGCCACCGUCCAGUCUUGGCUUCAAGCCAACCAGUCCCGCGUCGACCAAUUCCUCCGGCGCGCUUCG